AUUCCAGUUACCUCUCUCUUCUCUCUCUCAUCAUCACACCUCUCUUUCUCUCUCUCUGAACUCCACAAUCUCAAAUCCAACAAAAUUCAGGGCUUUGUGGUUGUCACUUUACAGCUCAACUUGCAUUUCACUGAGCUGCCACCGUAGAUCGAAUCAAGGGAACAACAUUUUUUUCUUUGCUUGCUGGAUGCUAUAUGUUCAAGGAAAGCAUCUUAAAGCCUGGUGUAUCAGAUGAUUUGUAGUAUCUCUAUUAUGCUUGACCAGCUCCACAAUGGGCAUCUUUCUUAUGAGUUGUCAAUGGCUAUUGCUUCUUUAUGUUAUACUUCUUUACAUUCUGGCGGACAAAACCACGUCUCUCAGUCCUGAUGGUGAGGUGCUUAUAAGCUUUAGGACAGCUAUUAUUAGUUCAGAUGGUGUUCUUGUUCACUGGCGACCAGAAGAUCCUGAUCCUUGCGGGUGGAAAGGAGUGAAAUGCGAUCCAAAAACCAAGAGAGUUUUAUCUUUGAGCCUUCCUUAUCACAAAUUGAGUGGAUCUAUAUCACCAGCUAUUGGGAAGCUAGAGCAUUUAGAAUUCUUAGCUCUCCACAACAACAACUUUUAUGGGACAAUUCCUCCAGAAUUGGGAAAUUGUACACAGUUGAAAGCAUUAUAUUUGCAGGGUAACUACUUAAGUGGACUAAUUCCCAAUGAAUUGGGAAAUCUUUCAGUGCUUGAAAAUAUGGAUAUUUCAAGCAACUCUCUCGGUGGAUAUAUUCCACCAUCACUAGGGAAGUUGUACAAACUCUUAACAUUCAAUGUGUCAACCAAUUUUCUGGUCGGAGCAGUACCAUCUGAAGGUGUGCUUAUCAACUUCACAGAGAACUCCUUUAUUGGAAAUCGCGGUUUGUGUGGGAAACAAGUCAAUGUGACAUGCAAAGAUGAUGCUGGGGGUCCUUCAACUUAUUCCCAACCUCCUUCAGCCCAAAAUCAAGAUGAAAAGAAGAAAUACUCUGGGCGGCUACUUAUAAGUGCGUCAGCGACUGUGGGUGCCCUCCUCCUGGUGGCACUUAUGUGUUUCUGGGGCUGUUUUCUCUAUAAGAAACUUGGUAAAAAUGAUGGUAGAAGUCUUGCAAUGGAUGUUGGUGGAGGUGCAUCAAUUGUUAUGUUUCACGGAGACUUGCCAUACUCUUCAAAGGAUAUCAUUAAAAAAUUGGAGACUUUGAAUGAGGAACAUAUAAUUGGGUCUGGGGGCUUUGGUACAGUGUAUAGGCUUGCAAUGGAUGAUGGCAGUGUAUUUGCUUUGAAAAGGAUCAUGAAGAUGAAUGAGGGCUUUGAUCGAUUUUUUGAGAGGGAGCUUGAAAUUCUUGGAAGCAUAAAACAUCGAUACCUAGUAAAUUUGCGAGGGUACUGCAAUUCUCCAACAUCAAAGCUGUUGAUAUAUGAUUUUUUACCUGGUGGUAGCCUUGAUGAAGCUCUCCAUGAAAGAUCUGAGCAACUAGAUUGGGAUGCACGUCUAAAUAUUAUCAUGGGAGCUGCGAAAGGGCUGGCUUACUUGCAUCAUGACUGUGCACCGCGAAUUGUACACCGUGACAUAAAGUCGAGCAACAUCUUGCUUGAUGGCAAUUUGGAGGCUCGAGUAUCCGACUUUGGACUAGCCAAAUUAUUGGAGGAUACAGAAUCUCAUAUUACGACAGUUGUAGCUGGAACCUUUGGUUAUCUAGCUCCAGAGUAUAUGCAAAGUGGUAGAGCAACAGAAAAGACUGACGUUUAUAGUUUUGGGGUGCUGGUGCUUGAAGUAGUGAGUGGAAAGCGGCCCACUGAUGCAUCCUUCAUUGAGAAGGGCCUCAACAUUAUUGGCUGGUUAAAUUUUUUAGUUACAGAGAAUCGACAACGGGAGAUUGUUGAUUCACGCUGUGAAGGGGUUCAGGCAGAAAACCUUGAUGCCCUGCUUUCAAUUGCUAUUCAGUGCGUGUCCUCAGCCCCAGAGGAUCGGCCUACCAUGCACAGGGUGGUCCAAAUACUAGAAUCUGAGGUCAUGACCCCAUGCCCAAGUGACUUUUAUGAUUCCAACUCUGAAUGAAAACGCUGAGGAAAUGGAGAAGAUCAUCUGUGUUUUGCAUCUUAUAUAUCACUGUUGAUUAAAGCAACAAAGUAGAGAAGGAUGCAUGCAGUUAAAGGGGAUCAGAAUCUCUAAAAGUUCAUUUUUUUUCCCUUCAAUUAUUCAUUCUUUCUGCAUAGUUAUGACAGAAGAUGCCCCUUUCAUCUGUGCCCAUUCUCCUCAAAACCUGAGCAAUUAGUUCUUCGUAACCGGAUUCAGGGUCCAUUCCCUAGUUUUUGUGUCCUCACUUGGCGUGGAUGCUUGCUGUGUUCCCUUUCUCCACAUGAUUGAAAUUUCCACUUCUGGUGUGAGUAAUUAGUUCCAUCACUUUUCUGUUUAUUUUUUUCCUUUUUUGCCUUUUCUUUUCUUUUUUUAUUUUUAUUUUUCCUUCUCCUUUUGUAAUCUCCCUGGCUAUAUUAUCUCAAAUUUAAGUGUAUAUGACAUAAUUUAAAUUAAUUUUAUGCCACCCUUUGCGAAGGAUUCUUCUGUUGUU